GCGUAAAGUCUGGAGUGAGACUGCGGACCAGUAGAGACCAUGUCCGCCGUCAUAAGCAAACUGUACUCACCUCUGCUCUCAUUUAAAACUCACUCUCCAUGAAAUAACAGGAACGCUGGGCCCAAAGGAUGGCCAACUCGGGUGCUGUUCAGGUGAAACUAGAACUUGGUCAUCGAGCCCAGUUCAGAAAGAAACCCACUGUGGAAGGCUUCACCCACGACUGGAUGGUGUUUGUGAGAGGACCGGAGCACAGCAACAUCCAGCACUUUGUGGAGAAAGUAGUUUUUCACCUGCACGAAAGCUUCCCUAAACCAAAAAGAGUGUGCAAGGACCCGCCGUACAAAGUGGAGGAGUCUGGAUACGCAGGCUUCAUCCUGCCUAUAGAGGUUUACUUCAAAAACAAGGAGGAACCGAAGAAAGUUCGCUUUGAUUACGAUCUGUUCCUCCACCUGGAGGGCCACCCGCCUGUCAAUCACCUGCGCUGUGAGAAGCUCACCUUCAACAACCCCACAGAGGAGUUUCGGAAGAAGCUACUGAAAGCUGGAGGGCAACGUGAUCCUCACAGACGAAGCUCAGAAGACUCAAAAGUGAUGGUGAUGCAGGAAGGCUCCACCUCCCUGUUUGGCCAGCACAUGAAGCUGCCCACCCUCCCCAACAGCUCGCUCACAUACACCUUCCCCGACCCAAAGAAGAGCAAGAGCUUCCACGGGUCAAAGGAUGGUUCCAAAGGAGGCGGCCCUGCCCUUCUCACCACCGCCACAACCACCAGCACCAACAGCAGCAGCUUCUCCAAACUCCACAAACCCUCCAAGGACCACAAAGAAAAGCCUCCAAAAGACUUGAAAGAGCCCAAAAGUGCCUUCAGAGACUCUGGCUGGGAAUCCAGCAAAGCCCCCAAAGAACCCUCCAGGAAACCCAAAGAGAACCAGCCGCUUCGAGAUAUCAACCCUAAGAUGGGCUUCAAGGAACCUAAGUCCAUGUCCAAGGAGCACAGGACUGAAGGGAUGACCCACGGGUCAGGGCUAAACAAGCGUCUGUCCUCUACAGACGCUGACGAUCAUGUGACCAAAAAACGUAAAAAGGGAUUUGUGGAUUCAUCAGGGAAGCCAAUUUCAGACGCUCAACACUCAGAUAAGAAACUCUUGAAGGAUAGACCGCAGAUCCGGACCAGUAAAUCCAGACCAGAGGGCGAGGAUGCAGAACGUAGGAAGGUUUCAACUCUCCCACCAUUCCAGGAACUGGUAGACCACAACGAUUCGGAUAUGGAGGACCACUCGAACAAAUCAGAUUCCGAACAGCCCAGUCCAGCCAGUUCCAGCUCCAGUUCAGGGUUUGCUCCCACGCACCACAAACGACAAGUCGUCGACUUCAUCAUCAGGAAGAGGGUGGCUCCUCCUGCCACCACCCAAACAGUGUUGGGCCCGCUGCAGUCGGUCAUGCAGGAUCUGCACUCUGACGACAACGAUGAAGAUUCAGAGGAAGACGAUGACAACGACAUGGACUCUGACGGGGAGCGACCGGUGCACACACAUCAUGCACACCACCAACGCAGGGUCAGUUUGAGUGACGGCAGUGAGAGUGACAGCUCCUCCCCUUCACCCCCAUCCCGCAACGAAGCCCCGCCCUUAAUAAAGACUACUAAUAACCAGAUUCUAGAGGUGAAGAGUCCCACCAAGCAGAGCAAGCAGGACAAGAACAGAAACCUGGACUGUGACAAGGCGUACCUGGAUGAGCUGGUGGAGCUGCACAAGAGACUGAUGACACUAAGAGAGGGUCACAUACUGCAACAGAUUGUGAACCUGAUCGAAGAGACGGGACACUUCCACAUCACAAACACAACUUUUGACUUCGACCUUUGCUCCUUGGACAGAAGCACAGUCAGAAAACUGCAGAGUUACCUGGAAACAUCGGGGCUGUCCUGAGGCUCUGAGCAGCUGGCUGCACGCAGACUUUUGAUUUUUCUUGAAUAAACUCUGGAUGCAAUGCAAAAGCCCCGCUGUGGCUGGGUCCGGCUGCUGUGUGUCCGGCCUGCUGGUUGUACUGAGGUCUCUGGACGGAGAGGCCGUCCUGCUGCAGAAUCAGAGCCAGGUGAGGUGGGGAUGAGUCCUGUCGAUCAGGUGAUCACCCAGGAAGCCUUUAAACAAAGUGAGGAAUGGCCACCUUGUUGCUCUUAAUGAAUGUGCAUAUUGUUACCAAGUUUGUUCUGGAUUUCUUGUUCAUUGUGACAGAUGCAUGGUCAAAACUGCCUUACAACAUUGUAAGUCUUAUUUAUUGAAUUUAAUUUGCAGGUGUGUGUGCGCGUGUGUGUGUGUGUGGGAGUGUGUUUGCAUAAAAGAAAAGCAGCAGAAUGAGACUUAAGUGAAGCACUUCAACAGGCCUGUGUUUGGAUCACUACGAUCACUUCAAUGGGAACAAAAAACUGCCACAGCCGGAUUGGAGCUUAACCUCCAGUCUGCAAAGACUUCCUGCAUGUGUGCACAAAAUUAUUAUCAGUUCUGUUUUAGCAAUGCUGUUUGAAAGAUUCCAACUGACAGACGAGCAACUUUCUGCAGCCGAGCAGAAGAUCCAAAAAUCUUGUGACACUGAUAAUGAGCCAAACUUGAAUGGUGCUCGACAAAUUCAACAAAUCUGACUCUACAGUCGCUGUUUUUAGAAUUUCUGAAUGUUCACUAGCAGGUCAUAGAAAAUCAUUCUGUCUCUACAUCAUGAAAAGGACCAAUAACUGGAAAUAUCCACUUUUAAACCAACUAAAUAGAUCAGAGCAAUUUUAAAGAGGAAGAGUCCAAACUACAACAAAUCAUAGUACAUUUACAUUGUUUCCUGUAAAGAAAGCUUGUGGUAGAUUGGAUGAUAUCUGCAUGAAGAGCAGCUAACAAUCUGUUCUAGAGCAAACAUUUACACUGAGACACAAAUCUGCUUGAUGCUUUGUCACUAAAGACAAUCAGCGUUUAGAUUUCAUGACUUCCUGGAAUGCAUCAGAAAUGAUGGAUCCCAACUCCAUUCAACAAACAAACAUUGUAAAAGUAGUUUUCUUCUCCUCUUGAGGACAGACCUGACAAAGCUUUUUACUUUCAGCUACAACUAACCUGUAAUUACAGAUUCUGAUUCAGAAACAUGUUGAAUCUCAGGGUCUGGAUUCUAGUCCGAGAAGGGUUCUGGUCUCUGUCUGUAGUCUGAGUAGUAUCCACCAAUCAGGGGUCAGCAGGAAAAACGGUCUGUAUGGAGAGCAACAGCAGGUGUUCUAGAAUUCUGAGAUCAAAGACAGAAUUCCAGAAUUCUGUCUCUGAUCUCAGAAUUCUAGGAAAAAAGGAACAUUCCAUGAAGGUCAGACCUAAAAAAAACAUCAGUGUCUCUAAUCCUCUUUCAUAGAACUCCAUUCAACAAACAAACAUUGUAAAAGUAGUUUUCUUCUCCUCUUGAGGACAGACCUGACAAAGCUUGACUUAUCACUUUUGACUAAUCUGCAUCAUGAUGUUGUUAUUUCAGCAAACUUAAGAACCGUUAAUUACAAGAACAUCACAAGAACAUCAGUUUCAUCUUACUUUCACAUCCAUGUGUACUAAACGUACUUUGCACACAGAUUGGCGUUUAACCUGCACAGUGUGAUGCGUCCUGUAGCAGUGGUUUGUUCCCAUGUUUUAGCACUAAAUAAAUGUGAUAUGAGAGGCUGCUGCAUCGAGCUGAGCACAAAUCACGCUGGUUAAAGUUCUCAAAAAUACUUUUAUACCAAAUCCCGGAGUAAUGUGCUGCAGCAGGCCCUGCUGUCAACUUAAAGAGAGCUUUGUUUGGGCUGAUUUCCUGCUACAGGGCUAACAACACAUGCCUAAACACAGUCCAGAUGAAUUACUGCGAAUUAAUCUGAUACAAAGAACGACAGACCGAGCUCUGUUAGCUUUCCUGAAAUGUGUGACAUGUCAUUGGGUAAAUUGAAACAAAUGAAGAGCCAACGGGACUGUUGGCCGACAGGUGCUGUUACGGGUGUAAAAAAAUAUCUUUUAUUUAUUCAGUGGGAGUGGGAGUUGUUAAAUUGAAGCUCAGCAUUAAUUUUCCAAUGAGACGUUUGAUUUGUUACAGAGGACACUUCUGCAGGAUGGUUAUCACUCUCCAAAUGACCUUAAAGGGUUUUUUUCACCCUGUGCUCUGUCUUCUGGUUUCUUGUGUAUUUUGAUGACAUUCAAUAAAUAUUCUGUAUCAUGUACAGAUGACUUAUUAA